AUGGCGGAGCAGCAGCAGCUCCGCGUGCAGGAAGCAAUCGACUCCAUGGUGAAGAGUCUGGAGAGAGAGAACAUCCGGAAGAUGCAGGGCAUCAUGUUCCGGUGCAGCGCCGGCUGCUGUGAGGACAACCAGGCGUCCAUGCAGCAGGUGCACCAGUGCAUAGAACGCUGCCAUGCCCCCCUCGCGCAAGCCCAGGCCCUGGUGACCAGCGAGUUGGAGAAGUUCCAGGACCGUCUGGCCCGGUGUACCAUGCACUGCAAUGACAAAGCCAGAGACUCGAUAGAUGCAGGAAAUAAGGAGCUUCAGGUGAAACGAGUUGGUUUUGCCUCAGGGAGAGACAUCUUCAUCACCAUGGGACUUAAGCAGGCACCUCAAGUCAGUGUGAUUUCCUUGCAGCCCACCUUUCCUGAUACCGGCUAUUGA